AGUGUGCACUGUGCAGUGUGUACACUGACGCGGUAGAAAACCAACGCUAUUACAAAGUCCACGUCUUGAACACGUGUCAAAACAUAACUAGUCAUGGUCAGAAACACAGGCCCUACUACGUGUAAGGGAAUCACUAACCACUCUCCUUCCAUCAGCUCUUUUGGACUCUCUGCUCUCUCCCCUCUUUACACUCUCUCUCUCUCACCAUAAGUAAAAAAAAAAAACACGAACCCAAGGAAAAAAAAAGAGUGAAGAAGAUCGUUCGACCAUUACAGCAGAAUCUUAGCUGGAUCCACCACUCCAAAUUGUUUUCUCAUUUUCAUCGAGAAAAUCCCGAAGAAGAAAAAUAAACAGAAAGAAAGAGAGAGUCCCUACAGUAUCAGAUCUAGUUCACUGAAAAAGAACACAAUGCUCUUCUUAUUGUUCUUCUACUUCCUCUUCUCCUCCUCCGCCCUCGCCGACCGUCGAGUCCUCCACGAGCCCUUCUUCCCAGUAGAUUCUCCACCACCAUCACCUCCUCAAUCUCCACCCCUACCUAAGCUCCCAUUCUCCUCCACCACUCCUCCAGACGCCACGUCACCUCCUUUCUUCCCUACAUACCCUUCACCUCCUCCGCCUCCCUCUCCAGCCUCCUUCGCCUCCUUCCCCGCCAACAUCUCCUCUCUCAUCGUCCCUCACGCCACCAAAUCUCCACCUAGCUCCAAAAAGCUCCUCAUCGCCGCAAUCUCCGCCGUGACCUCCGCCGCUCUAGUCGCCGCCCUAAUCGCCUUGCUCUACUGGCGACGAAGGAGAGGAAGAAGUAGCCAGGAGAGUAACGCACCCGAUGAUAGCAAGACGUGGACAACCGACAGCAGCCGCAGAGUCUAUCCACCUCCUCCUCCGACGACAGCAGCGCCUUCAGCACGGCGCAAUGCUGAGGGUAGAGCUAGUAAGCAGAGAACUACGACAACGACGGCGAGGAGCUCAGCAAACACUAGCUCAGAGUUUCUCUACUUGGGAACGAUGGUGAAUCCGAGAGGAGUCGAGGAUCAUCAAUCCGUGAGUAACCGUAGCAAUAACGGUUCGAGCUCGAGGAAGCUCGAAUCUCCAGAUCUACAGCCUCUUCCUCCGUUAAUGAAACGAAGCUUCCGGCUAAAUCCGGAGGUUGGAUCGAUAGGAGAGGAGGAUGAAGAAGAGUUUUACUCCCCCAGAGGCUCAGCGAGCGGGCGGGAGACGCUAACCCGGGUCGGAUCCGAGUCACGGAGAGUUUUCUCAUCGGUCCCGAAUCAAAACGUUAGAUCUGUGAAUAACGACACUAUCUCCUGCUCAUCGUCAAGCUCAGGCUCCCCGGGGAGAUCGACCUUCAUCAGCAUUUCUCCGUCGAUGAGUCCGAAGAGAUCCGAGCCUAAAGAAACUGUAAUCUCCGCACCGGAGCCACCACCACCGAAGACUUCUCCGGGAAGCUCUGAAUCAUCUCCGUCGAAGAUAACUGACUUUCGAUUAGUUAGAUCUCCGUCCCUCUCCCUAGCUUCCUUAUCGCCGCGUCUCUGCCCGGGGAAAAACGCUGAAGGAGGAGGAUUAGGUCAAAUCUCGAGAUCUCCGACGGUUACAUCUCUAACGACUUCACCAGAGAGAGAGAACAAAGAGGAAAACUCUCUCCAGAACCUCGACGACGACUCUCCUCGAAGCUCUUCGCGAUCAUCCGCUUCAACGUCCCCGGAGAGACGACCUAACGAUACUCCAGAAGCUUACUUGCGAUCGCCCGUGCAUUCAUCUGCCUCCACGUCACCGUACCGAUGCUUCCAGAAGUCUCCAGAGGUGUUACCUGCGUUCAUGAGCAAUCUCCGUCAAGGAUUGCAGUCUCAGCUACUCUCUUCUCCGGGACAAGGCUUCCUCAACGAGUUGGAUGCGUUGCGUUCGGAGAAAACUUCUCACAAGUCGCCGCCGGAGAAAGGUUCUCACGAUCCACAGUCUGCUUCGUCGUCGUCUCUUUCGUCUUCUCCGGAUAGAGACUUUAGCCAUAGCUUAGAUGUGUCUCCACGAAUCUCCAACAUCUCAUCUCAGAUUCUACAGCCUCCGGUGUCUGCAGCACGAGUGCCGCCGCCGCCUCCGCCACCUCCUCCACCGUUUCCGACGUGGGCACGGCGGAAUCAAGCGACUCCUAAGGUGUCCAGACCACCUCCUCUCACGCCGCCUUCGAAUCCUUUUGUGAUCCCAUCGGAAAACCUUCCAAAGACUUCACCGGAAGAGACUCAUAAAGAGACGUUUAGUGCCAAUGAGCCUGCAGAGGAAACUCCGAAACCGAAGCUAAAGGCGUUACAUUGGGAUAAAGUUAGAGCAAGUUCCGACCGUGAGAUGGUCUGGGAUCAGCUUCGAUCAAGCUCCUUCAAAUUAGAUGAAGAGAUGAUUGAAACGUUGUUUGUGGCAAAGUCGUUGGACUCCAAACCAAAUCAAAGCCAGACCACUCCAAGAUGUGUUCUCCCGAGCCCGAACCAAGAGAACAGAGUCUUGGACCCUAAGAAGGCUCAGAAUAUUGCAAUCCUGCUUCGUGCACUUAAUGUCACUAUUGAAGAAGUUUGUGAAGCUCUUCUUGAAGGCAAUGCUGAAACACUUGGGACUGAACUUCUUGAGAGCUUACUCAAGAUGGCACCAACGAAAGAGGAAGAGCGCAAGUUAAAAGAGUACAAGGAUGAUUCGCCUGUGAAGCUUGGACAUGCUGAGAAGUUCCUCAAGGCAAUGCUAGACAUCCCUUUUGCGUUUAAAAGAGUUGACGCAAUGCUCUAUGUAGCUAACUUUGAGUCCGAGGUUGACUACCUGAAGAAUUCUUUCGAGACUCUUGAGGCUGCUUGUGAGGAGCUGAGAAACAGCAGGAUGUUCUUAAAGCUUCUAGAAGCGGUUCUAAAGACAGGAAACCGCAUGAACGUUGGGACGAACCGAGGCGAUGCACAUGCGUUCAAGCUCGACACGCUCCUCAAGCUGGUCGAUGUCAAAGGCGCUGAUGGGAAAACAACUCUCUUGCAUUUCGUUGUACAAGAGAUCAUCCGAGCAGAAGGCACACGUCUCUCAGGUGACAACAAUACACAAACGGAUGACAUCAAAUGCAGGAAACUCGGACUCCAAGUUGUAUCAAGUCUAUCUUCAGAGCUUAGCAACGUCAAGAAAGCUGCUGCGAUGGACUCUGAAGUGCUAAGCAGCUACGUCUCCAAGCUUUCUCAAGGCAUUGCCAAGAUCAACGAAGCAAUCCAAAUCCAAUCAACGGUCACAGAAGAAAGCGGUAGCGAGAGGUUUUUGGAAUCGAUGAACACGUUUCUGAAAAGAGCUGAAGAAGACAUCAUCAGAGUACAGGCUCAAGAGAGCGUAGCGUUGUCUCUCGUGAAAGAGAUCACAGAGUAUUUCCAUGGGAACUCGGCUAAAGAAGAAGCGCAUCCGUUUAGGAUAUUCUUGGUGGUUCGAGACUUCCUCGGAGUAGUGGACAGAGUCUGCAAAGAAGUAGGGAUGAUAAACGAAAGAACAAUGGUUAGUUCUGCUCACAAGUUUCCAGUUCCUGUGAAUCCAAUGCUGCCACAGCCUCUGCCUGGACUAUUCGGACGAAAGCAGUCUUCUUCUUCUUCGUCGUCUUCAUCUUCAGACGAUGAACAUAACUCAUCUCAUUAGUUUAUUAAGAUGGGAUCAGCUUUGUGUUGUGUAAAAUGUAUCCAGUUUGUUUUGCCAUAAUAUAUAGAGAGAGAGGAGGGAAACAGAGACGGAAGUAUUUAUUUUUUCUAAAUUUGUGUAAAAUAAUAUAGGUUUACAUUUUAAAUUUGUUCAUCUUAAAUUUUAUGAAUAAAUCAGAAUUCACU